AUGUUGCCACUCGACAAUGUUCUACCUAAGUCUACUGAUGAGAUGAAGAAAUUUUUGAAGAUGUUUGGGUUCGGCUAUAAUGUGAUUCACGCCUGCAAGAAUGACUGCAUUCUUUAUCGGAAUCAGUAUGAGGAGUUGGUGAGCUGUCCAAGAUGUAGUGAAUCAAGGUGGGAAAAGGAUAAACACACAGGUGAGGAGAAGCAAGGGAUUCUUGCAAAAGUGCUCAUAUAUUUUCCGAUUAAAGAAAGAGUUAGGAGGAUGUUUAGAUCAAAACGGGUAGCUGAGGCUUUAUGUUGGCACUACAGUAAUGGUAGUGAAGAUGGUACUAUGCGGCAUCCAGUUGACUCCUUGACUUGGUUUCAGGUCAACGAGAAAUGGCCGGAGUUUGCUGCUGAUGCUAGAAACCUUAGACAAGGUAUUUCUACAGAUGGCAUGAAUCCCUUUUCGAUCCAGAAUACAAAGUAUAGCACAUGGCCGGUGCUCUUGGUCAACUACAACAUGACACCAACUGAGUGUAUGAGAGCAGAGAAUAUCAUGCUGACACUGUUGAUUCCUGGACCAACCGCACCUAGCAACAACAUUGACGUCUACUUACAGCUGCUGAUAGAUGAUUUGAAAGACUUGUGGAUUCAAGGUAUAGAAGUUUAUGAUACCUUUAAGAAGGAGAGUUUCACUCUUAGAGCCAUUUUGCUGUGGAGCAUCAGCGACUAUCCUGCGUUAGAGACAUUAGCUGGAUGUAAGGUCAAGGGGAAACAAGCUUUCAGAAGCAACAGGAAGCGACUAAGGCCUGGUCAUCCAUACAGACGUAGAAAGGGGUGGUUCGACAAUACCAUAGAAUCUGGGUCUGCGAAAAGAAUUCAGAGUGGAACAGAAAUAUUUGAGAGUCUUAAGGAUUUUAGGAAUGAUUUUGGAAGACCUUUGGAUAAGAAGAAAGGUAAGAGAAAUAGAAACGAUUUCGACGAAGAUGAUGAUCUGCCUGUGCGGCACAACAUUGACGUCAUGCAUGUCGAGAAGAAUGUCUCUGAUGCAUUACUAGCAAUUCUGAUGCAUAGCCAAAAAUCUAAGGAUGGGUUGAAAGCAAGAAAAGAUUUAGAAGACAUUGGUAUUCGUCGCAACCUACAUACUCAGGUACGUGGGAAAAGAACUUACUUACCUCCAGCUGCAUAUUGGCUUUCUAAGGAAGAAAAACGGAUAUUCUGCAAAAGACUAUCUAAAUUCAGAGGGCCAGAUGGAUAUUGUGCAAACAUUACUAAUUGCGUUUCUGUUGAUCCGCCUAUUAUUGGUGCUAUGAAGUCACAUGACCAUCAUGUAUUAAUGCAAAAUUUGUUUCCUGUUGCAUUAAGAGGUUUACUGCCAAAUGGUCCUCGGGUUGCAGUGACUCGGCUAUGCAAUUUCCUCAGUAGACUGUGCCAACGUGUUAUAGAUCCAGAGAAAUUACUAGCAUUUGAAUCAGAGGUUGUGGAAACUAUGUGCCAGAUGGAGAGAUUCUUUCCGCCUUCACUUUAUGACAUCAUGUAUAUGAAGACACUAAAGGGAUAUGUCAAGAAUUUUGCUAGGUCAGAAGCGUGUAUGGCUGAGGGAUAUUUGGGAAGAGACAAACCAGAAAGGCUUCGAGGGAUGGGAAGAGGGGCUACAUGA